CUUGUUGACAUGUUAAAGCAAGUACGCAUUAGAGUGCUGGAGUGAGUUGUUGGAUUUUGGUCCUGGUGACUGUGAUAUAUUUUGGUGGUAAUUAAGGCAAGGGAAAAUGUCUCUAGAACAAACUGUCAUGGAUGAGAGGCGAGUGGUGGUUUUGGGUGCCAAUGGCUCAGAGAAGACAUCUGUAAUAAGCACCUUGUUUGGUCAGAAAGAGUAUAAGUGUGUGAGAAGAACACGUAACUGUGUGAAGACAGAGGGUGUGGUUGACGGCAGGAGGCUCAUAUGUGUUGAUACCCCAGGCUGGUGGAGGAGUUAUCCUUUGAUUGAUACGGCAGAGUUCAUCAAACGAAAGAUCGCGCUGAGUGUGACUGAGUGUGCACCAGGACCUCAUGCCUUCAUGCUGGUGAUUAGCACUGACGGCCCAUUUACUGAGAAGUACAGGAGAGCCAUUGAGGAACAUCUGGGUCUGUUUGGGGAGAGCGUUUGGAAGCACACCAUUGUAGUGUUCACCAUAGAGGGUGCUCUAGGUGACGGAGGAAUAGAGCAGUUCACUGAGAGUGGGCGGGAGGCUCUGACAUGGCUACUAGAGAAAUGUGGGAAUGUGUGUCACAAUUUUUACAGUCAUUGUGUUGGAGGUCUUCAUGACACCACACAGCUACUGGGAAAGAUUGACGAUAUCGUAGCAAAGAACAGAGAUCGGUAUUUUGAGUUUGAUGAGAGGGCAUCACAGGGUGUUGAAAAGAAGAGGAAAACUGAUCUGGAGAGAGGGAUGUCCAGGCAGCAGAGGGUUCAUAGUGAGAGGGAAAUCGUUAAUGAACAUGGUGUGGUGCACUCAUUGCCAGAACUCAGGGUUGUUCUGUUUGGAUGGUUGUUCUCUGGAAAAACCUUUGCAAGAAAUACCAUUCUGGGCUUAAAAGAAGAUAUAGAGAGGAGAAGAACGGAACGGUCAGAAAGAAAGUCUGGACUUGUGGCUGGAAGGCAAAUCUCGGUUGUGGACACCCCCGGCUGGUACAAGUACUUUCCUUCACAAUACAUGCCUGAGCGGGUGAAGACUGAAAUCCGAAGAGGGCUGACGCUUGAUUCCAAAAAUUCCCAUGUCAUACUUCUCGCCGUACCAGUGGACACGACAUUUCAUGAGAGACAGAGGAUGAUCACUGAAGACAACAUGAAGAUGUUUGGUGAGCAGAUCUGGAAACACACCAUGGUGCUGUUCACAUGUGGAGAUCUGCUGGGAGAGACAACCAUUGAGGAGCACAUUGAGUGUGAAGGGGAACCUUUGCGGUGGCUGGUGGAGAAAUGUGGGAACAGAUAUCAUGUCUUAAGUUGGAGUGAUGAGGAAGACCAAGUCGUGGAGCUGUUAAAGAAGAUCGAGGAAAUGGUGGCAGGCAACAGCUUAUUUUGUCCAGAGAGAGAAUUGGAGAAAAAUGUAUCUCAAGAGACUGUUGAGAAACCAGAGGCAAUACAAAAACAGACUGCACAAUACCUGGAUCUGGAGUGGGAGAGGAUGGAUGAAGCAAUGAAAGAGAAGAUUAAGAAGAUAUGGAAUCAAACUAGACACACCAAACUACAGAAGAAAGGAAGCAUAAGCAUUGAUGUAAACUUUCAUGACAGUAAGCCGUCCUCUGAGAAUACUUCUAACAAUUCUGGAAAGGACACCAGUCCACUGAACCUCCCGAAAUGCUUCACGAAGGACCACAGCCCUAGUAAUUCCACCACAGCAUAUCAAGACCAAGAGCAGACCACUGAGAUCCACCCUGGCCAGAUGGAGAGAAUAAGAGAGAUCUUUGAAAGGGAGUGUGGGAGACUAGAAGUAGGUGUCACAGAGAGAUUUCAGCCGCUGUUGUAAGAUGGAAGGGAAUAUGAUACAGUAUGUCAUCUGAAGCUGAUGUGCCAAACCUUAACCGUUAAUUAAGACAGACUGUCAGGUGGAUUUAUGCAUCAUCAGGACACGGGUCUUAUGAGGACUUCAAAAAAAACAGUUGAAAAAAACAAACAAACAAACCAAAAACAAUGACAGUUUUGGUAUCUGUACUCACGUAUCUUUACUGCUAAACAUGGGUUAUUGAAAAGCCGAAAUAUUUAGAUAUUUUUUAAGCAUUUUCUUGAGGCAGGCAACUAGGUCCACAACUCUGCUCCAUCUUUACACUCAGCAGCACGGCACAGCUACUAUAGUAUAGCUAUACAAAAAUGUAACAAGUCAAACAUGGAAAGAGACUCUUAGAGACGGAGAUGUGUUGUUGUGCACUAUAGAAAUUACAGAACACAUUCUAUCUGCACUAUCUAAACAAUAUGCCAGUGUAAUCAACGAGCAACAUUCUUAUUAUAUUGUCUGAUAUCAUUGUUUUUAUCAGUAUGUAUAUUUCACAAUAAAUUGAUUCUGAUUGAACUUCUAUUUUGUAUGCAAAUGUAAAUCAGGCUUCCAUGGUCAUGCAUACUUAUCUUGGUCAUGCAUAUACAAGGAACUUUGUCUCUGUAUGGUAUGGUGUGUUACUGUAAUGGCCACUCCGCAGCCAAUCAGAGAAGAGAAUCCCAUUGUUAAGGGAGAUAAGUUUACUUGAUGUCUAUGAAUCUGGAUUGAAAAAAAGAUAGAACAAAAGUUUAUAACUGAUUUUAGUCCUCAAACAGAUUAAAUCCGAAAUGCAAAAUCAGCAUAGAUUUGACAGUUUGGUUAAUAAAGGUUCAUCCUCCUGACAAUAGCUGGUUAUCAGAAAGAUAUUGUCCUGUACCUUUGUGUUGGUAAAAUGUGUUGACUGGGAGUUGCAAAUAAAA